UAAAACUUUCUUAUUUUCUUAUCAGGCCACCUCAUUGCAAGUUUGCAACUGAAGAUGUUUCAUUGUUUUGGUUUUCCAUUAACAGUGUCUUUGACAAGCACCAUACCCUAUUAUUUGGUUUGCAAUCGCGCUUCUUCAAUAAUUUUAUCUUGGCUUGAGAUUUCUGCAUAACAUGGGCGGCGGCAACCUUCCCAAACCCCCUCCAUCCUCCUCCUCCGCCCACACCCACCAUCGGAACUCCGGCUGGGGCUCCUCCUCCGCCUCCGCCGAUAAACCCUCCGCCACCAUCAAAUCCAAACCUUCCCCUAGCUCCGCCACCGCGACUACCCCCAACAAUAAAGAUACCAAAAAUAACCCCCCUCCCGCGAAACCCAGGCCCCGGCCGGAGAACCCAUCCCCGAGGCCCGAAAAUCCGAAUGCCGUACACGGGCCGAGGCCCGUUUUCCCAAUAAACGAUCCGCUCCCGGCCCCAUCCUACGGUGUCCACAUGCUCGAUCGUCGUAGCAUACUCCUCGCAGAUGGAUCCGUGAGAUCUUACUUUGCUUUGCCCCCAGAUUAUGAGAAUCACGCGCUAGCACAUAUGCAUCGACCUGGUUUAAGGCCCGAAUUCAUGGGCCGUCGUGAAUUCGGGCUGGAAAGGCCUCCCUUACCAAUGAGCCCUGGGUUUGUGGGUCCUGAUGCCAGGGUCCGGAAUCCAGAGUAUUGGGCAUCGGGCCAUGAUAAUCCUUUAAAGCGGAAGCUUGGGGAGGAUGAGAGGGGAGGGAGGGAUGAUGGUUAUGAGAGGGUAAGGCAACAACUGUUGCAAUAUGGAAAUGCAAAUGGGGCUGGCCCGAGUACUGGGUAUAAUAUAGGGGGAGGCGAGGAGAUUAGGGUCUCUAAGAAUAUGCGGGUUCUAGAUGGAAGUUCAAGUAAGCUUAAGCAUGGUGAGGUGGAUCAGAAUGCGUUAAAGAAGGCGUUCUUACAUUUUGUGAAAUUGGUCUUUGAGAGUGGGAAUCAGAGAAAGAAUUAUUUGGCGGACGGGAAACAAGGACCUGUGCCAUGUCUAGCUUGUGGCAGGUCUUCAAAGGACUUUCCCCAUACACACAGUCUUAUCAUGCAUGCAUACAGCUCGGAAAAUGAGGCGACACUCGUGGAUCACUCGGCCUUUCACAAGGCUUUAUGCAUUCUAAUGGGCUGGAACUACACAAUUCCUCCCGAUAACUCGAGAGACUAUCAGAAGCUCUCUCCCAACCAAGCAGAAGCUAAUCGGGAUGACCUGAUUUUUUGGCCACCGACUGUUUUGAUUCGCAAUACUAUUACGGGAAAAGGUAGAGACGGGCGUCUGGAAGGUAUAGGGAACAAGGCUAUGGAUAGUAUUCUUAGAGGUAUUAAACACUCCUCAAUUGUUUAUCCUUCUUUUAUGGUGGUUUGUGAGUGGCAUUUUAGAGCUGGUGGUUGCUUAUCUGUUUGUGGCUGCAUUAGUGAUGCAAUUUUGUGUGCUUCUAUAGCAUUUUCUGAUGCUAUUGGUAUCAGCAUGACCUUACCGUAUUAAUAUCUGAACUAUAAAUAUAGUAUUCACUGCUAUUUACUGUUUGAAGUCUGGAAAGUCGAAUUGAUAGAGUCAAGUGCACACGAAAAUGGUAAAUUAAAAAUGAAACUGAAUUUUAGUAAAUGAUAUGAUAGUCUGAAAUAGUGAACGUCACAAGACUUGGGGAAAAAUUCCCAUCAAACAAAGUCCGAAAGGCUGAAUAUGAGAAAUAUAUCUUUUCUUGCCUUCUUAAUGUUCACCCCAAACCCUUUAUUUUUAUUAUAAUAUUCCCAUUUCUGCGACCCUAAAUUAGUCAGUGAAAUGGUAACAUGUAUGCAGACAAAUUUUCCCCAAGAUGUCAAUCAAUUGUUCUCCAUAGAUCAGAUCUCCCUAUCUAUUAGCUAUAUAUUACUUGGCUACUAAUUAUGUUCCUUAUUAUCUCUAUUCAGUUGAGGUAGGGGGGACUAAUAGACCCCAGCCUAGCCUCGGAUCCACAAAGUAAUAAAAAAAAUAAAAAAAAUUAUAAAGAUUGGACUUUCAUCGGUGGCCAAGGUAUCAUGUGGAGGGUUGCAGAUUAUAUGGGAACUGCAAUAACUACUGCAGUUGCAUGGGUUUAAGUUUUCACCUCAAUUUCACACGUGUGAGUGUAUGAUGAAAACACAUGUAACUACACCGCAGUUAGAUGUUGGAUGAAUUUGUUAGUAUUAGUUUUCUUUGAACCUAGUUGUCAGGUAAUUGAAGGGAAAUAUAGCACUGGUACAAUCUGACCACCACUUUGUGUACCAUUUUGUUGAGAUUAAUGAUAUAUCGUCUCUAUUUGACUGGAAGCACUAGCUUAAGUGUUUAACCUCAUACAACACUUGUUUAGAAUAACAUUUUUGUAUUCGGAUUUUGUCCCUUUCUGAUUAUUGAGGUUCUCAUCAGCUCCUGGAGACCAUAUUCUGGCAUCAGAUUUGUUGGAUUGCAGAUUUGUUUCUGCUUUUUUUUUUGCUCGAGUGUGAGUGCUUGAACCAUAAUAUUAUCAUGGUACUGUGUUUUAACGUGUACAAUUUUGUGGAGAUUACUAAUAUUUUUGUCCGAAUUCGGACCUUUGCCUCUAUUCGACUGCAGUUCUAGCCGAAGUGUUUAAUCUCUUUCAGCACGUGUAUAGAAUUAGAUAUUUGGAUUAGGUUUUUUGUCCCUUUCUGAUUGUUGAGGAGCUUAUUAGCACCUGGAAACCAUAUUCGGCAUCAGAUAUGUUGGCUUACAGAUUAUAAUUGCUCGAUUCUGAGUGCUUGGUCCGUAAUAUUAUCAUCUUUCCUACUCAUUAGAAUUAUCAUCUUUCGUACUCAUUAGUGGUUAUAGUCCGUUUCUUAUUCGCAUUACUCUCGCAGUUUGAUAGCUGUAGCAGCUUAAUUUGCCAGAUUAGUGUCUUUGGUAAAGGGUAGUUUUCCCUAUCUAAUGGGCCGGCCUUAUUUUGCAGCUGGGACUAAGUUGUAGGGCCUGUUCUGCUUUUCCUUCCCAAAUAUGCAUUUUAACACUUUAGUAGCUUGAGCAGUAAUGUUUCUUUUUCGAGUUUCCUUAUAAGUGUCAGAAAGCCGCCUUCACAAUUUAUUGUGAAUACGACGAAAGUAGUUUUAUCGAUUUCCUUUCC